AUGGCACAGAAUCUUCCUUUCAAGUUGAACAACCCAGAGCUGUUCCGUGACAAGGCAACAGUGGGCGAAACCCUCAUUGAAGCCAAGUCCGGCAAGCGAUUCGAUGUCGUCGAUCCUGGCAAUGGCAAGGUGUGGGCUACCGCACCCGAUAUGGGUCCAGACGACGUCGACAACGCCCUCCAAACCGCACACAACGCCUUCCAGGAGUACAGGAAAGUCAACCCUCGACAGCGUGCCAAGUGGAUGCUGGAAUGGGAUCGACUGAUCCGCGAAAACCGUGACGACCUGGCCCAGAUUGUGACCUACGAGUGUGGCAAGCCAUUGUUCGAGUCGCAAGGAGAGCUGGACUAUGCUCUGGGUUUUACAUGGUGGUUCGCAGGCGAGGCUGAGAGAGUGCAAGGAACAGUCCAGACACCGGCAGCGCCUGGCCGACGUGUGUUCACCGUCAAGCAGCCGAUUGGUGUUGCUGUCGCUCUGGUGCCAUGGAACUUCCCCAUUGCUAUGAUCCUGCGAAAAGCUGGUGCUGCUCUUGCUGCCGGAUGCACGAUGAUCGUCAAGCCAUCGCCUGAAACUCCAUUCUCCGUUGGUGCUCUGGCACACCUUGCUGAGAAGGCCGGCUUUCCAAAGGGUGUAUUCAGCGUCCUGCCGACCAGUCUCGGUACCACUCCAGCACUUAGCGAGGCUCUUAUCCGGCAUCCAUUGACCAAGAAGGUCACCUUCACUGGCAGCACACGCGUCGGCAAGCUGGUUGCAAAGCUCUGCUCGGAUGGCCUCAAGAAGUGCACGCUCGAGCUGGGUGGAAACUGCCCCUUCCUCGUCUUCGAUGAUGCAGACCUCGAACAAGCCGCAACUCAACUCCUGGCUCUCAAAUGGCGCCACGCCGGUCAAGCCUGUAUCACCGCCAACCGCGUCUUCGUCCAAAAGGGCGUAUACGACAAGUUUGCCGAGAUGCUCGCAACGAAGACGAAAGAGAUAGUAGUUGGCCACGGUGCAGACAAGAAGACCACAAUGGGUCCAGUGACAACAGACCGCAGCAUCAGCAAGGCCGAGGCACAAGUGGAGGAUGCUACCAAGCAGGGUGGAAAGGUCAUCCUCGGAGGCAAGAAGUUGAUGGGCACACCAGGAUACGAUGGAUACUUCUUCGAGCCAACGCUGAUUACCGGCGCAACGGACAAGAUGCAGAUUGCGCAGGAAGAGACUUUCGCGCCCGUCAUGGCUCUGUUCGAGUUUGACACCGAGGAGGAGGCUGUGAAGAGGGCCAAUGAUACCAGUAUGGGUCUGGCCAGCUACUUCUUCACUAAGAAUGUUGACAGGACAUGGCGGUUGUUGGAGAACUUGGAGGCUGGCAUGAUCGGCAUGAACACGGGCAACUCGUCAGCAGCAGAGACGCCAUUCGGUGGCAUCAAGGAGUCUGGGUAUGGCAAGGAGUCUGGAAAGGAUGUCGCCGUGGCGGAGUACAUGAUGACCAAGACUGGUACUCUGACCUUAUCCGACCACUACUAG